AACCAUGUGGAUGUGCUGCUGAAGUGUUUCCUCAAGCUUGCUGGGGUGGGAGGAGAGGAGGAGGAGGAGGUGGUGGUGGAGGAGGAGGCAGGGGGUGGAGAGAGAGAAAGCGCACGCCGAGAGGAGGUGUGGGUGUUCCGCUUCCAUCCUAACGGAACGAGCUCCCUCUUCGCGGACAUGGGAUUACCCAGCGGCUGCUAACCCCUGUCCUCGCCCUGCUCCCCCAAACCGGCGUGGCUCCCCGGGCACCAAGGAGCUGACUACGGAGGAGCAGGAUUUGCACCCCUCGCUGGGCUUGUUUUGGCAACAGAGUGCCUGACUCGGGUCAGGAUUUUCGAGAAAGGCAUGUCUGACAAAAUGUCUAGCUUCCUACAUAUUGGAGACAUUUGCUCUCUGUACGCGGAGGGAUCGACCAAUGGAUUUAUUAGCACCUUGGGCCUGGUUGAUGAUCGUUGUGUUGUACAGCCAGAAACCGGGGACCUUAAUAAUCCACCUAAGAAAUUCAGAGACUGCCUCUUUAAGCUAUGUCCCAUGAACCGCUACUCUGCCCAGAAGCAGUUCUGGAAAGCUGCUAAGCCCGGGGCCAACAGCACAACAGACGCGGUGCUGCUCAACAAACUGCACCAUGCUGCAGACUUGGAAAAGAAGCAAAAUGAGACGGAAAACAGGAAAUUGCUGGGGACUGUAAUCCAGUAUGGCAAUGUGAUCCAGCUCCUGCAUUUGAAAAGUAAUAAAUACCUAACAGUGAAUAAGAGGCUUCCCGCUCUGCUGGAGAAGAAUGCCAUGAGAGUCACAUUGGAUGAGGCUGGAAAUGAAGGGUCCUGGUUUUAUAUUCAGCCAUUCUAUAAGCUGCGAUCCAUUGGAGACAGCGUGGUCAUAGGCGACAAGGUUGUUCUGAACCCUGUCAAUGCUGGUCAGCCCCUCCAUGCUAGCAGCCAUCAACUGGUAGAUAACCCAGGCUGCAAUGAGGUCAAUUCCGUCAACUGCAAUACAAGCUGGAAAAUAGUCCUUUUCAUGAAAUGGAGUGAUAACAAAGACGACAUAUUAAAGGGGGGUGAUGUGGUGAGGCUGUUCCAUGCUGAACAGGAGAAGUUUCUCACCUGUGACGAACACAGGAAGAAGCAGCAUGUCUUCCUGAGAACCACAGGCCGGCAGUCGGCCACAUCUGCCACUAGUUCAAAAGCCCUGUGGGAGGUGGAGGUGGUCCAACAUGACCCGUGUCGGGGCGGAGCAGGGUAUUGGAACAGCCUUUUCCGUUUCAAGCACCUGGCCACAGGGCAUUACUUGGCAGCAGAGGUAGACCCUGAUCAGGACGCCUCUCGAAGUAGAUUGCGAAAUGCCCAAGAAAAGAUGGUGUACUCCCUGGUCUCUGUGCCCGAAGGCAAUGACAUCUCCUCCAUUUUUGAGCUAGACCCCACCACCCUCCGUGGAGGCGACAGCCUUGUACCAAGGAACUCUUAUGUUCGGCUCAGACACCUGUGUACUAAUACCUGGGUUCACAGCACAAAUAUUCCUAUUGACAAGGAAGAAGAAAAGCCUGUGAUGCUGAAAAUUGGCACUUCUCCUGUGAAGGAGGAUAAGGAAGCGUUUGCCAUAGUUCCAGUUUCUCCUGCUGAAGUUCGGGACCUCGACUUUGCCAAUGAUGCCAGCAAGGUGCUGGGCUCCAUUGCUGGGAAGCUGGAGAAGGGCACCAUCACCCAGAAUGAAAGGAGGUCUGUAACCAAGCUGCUGGAAGACUUGGUUUACUUUGUCACUGGAGGAACUAAUUCUGGUCAAGAUGUUCUUGAAGUUGUCUUCUCCAAGCCCAACAGAGAACGGCAGAAACUGAUGAGAGAACAGAAUAUUCUCAAGCAGAUCUUCAAGUUGUUACAAGCCCCAUUCACAGACUGUGGUGAUGGCCCGAUGCUUCGGCUAGAGGAGCUCGGAGACCAGCGGCACGCUCCUUUCAGACACAUCUGCCGACUCUGCUACAGGGUGCUGAGACACUCACAGCAAGACUACAGGAAGAACCAGGAGUAUAUAGCCAAGCAGUUUGGCUUCAUGCAGAAGCAGAUUGGCUAUGAUGUGUUGGCCGAAGACACUAUAACUGCCCUGCUCCACAAUAAUCGGAAACUCCUAGAGAAACACAUUACGGCUGCAGAGAUUGACACAUUUGUCAGCCUGGUGCGAAAGAACAGGGAGCCCAGAUUCUUAGAUUACCUCUCCGACCUCUGUGUCUCCAUGAACAAAUCGAUUCCAGUGACCCAGGAACUGAUAUGUAAAGCUGUGCUGAAUCCCACCAACGCUGACAUCCUGAUUGAGACCAAGUUGGUUCUUUCUCGUUUUGAGUUUGAAGGUGUUUCUUCCACUGGAGAGAAUUCUCUGGAGGCAGGAGAAGAUGAGGAAGAGGUGUGGCUGUUUUGGAGGGACAGCAACAAAGAGAUUCGCAGCAAGAGUGUGAGGGAGUUGGCGCAGGACGCUAAAGAAGGCCAGAAGGAGGACCGGGAUGUUCUCAGCUACUACAGAUAUCAGCUGAACCUCUUUGCGAGGAUGUGUCUGGACCGCCAAUACCUGGCCAUCAAUGAAAUCUCAGGCCAGCUGGAUGUCGAUCUCAUUCUCCGCUGCAUGUCUGAUGAGAACCUGCCCUACGACCUCAGGGCAUCCUUCUGCCGCCUCAUGCUUCACAUGCAUGUGGACCGAGAUCCCCAGGAACAAGUCACUCCUGUGAAAUAUGCCCGCCUCUGGUCAGAGAUUCCUUCAGAGAUCGCCAUUGACGACUAUGAUAGUAGUGGAGCUUCCAAAGAUGAAAUUAAGGAGAGAUUUGCUCAGACCAUGGAGUUUGUGGAGGAGUAUUUAAGAGAUGUGGUCUGUCAGAGGUUCCCUUUCUCUGAUAAGGAGAAAAAUAAGCUUACGUUUGAGGUUGUAAAUUUAGCUAGGAAUCUCAUAUACUUUGGUUUCUACAAUUUCUCUGACCUUCUACGAUUAACUAAGAUCCUCCUGGCCAUAUUGGACUGUGUACAUGUGACGACAAUCUUCCCCAUUAGCAAGAUGGCGAAAGGAGAAGAGAAUAAAGGUAACAAUGAUGUGGAGAAGCUGAAGAGCAGUAACGUGAUGAGGUCUAUUCAUGGUGUGGGAGAGCUGAUGACCCAGGUGGUGCUCCGGGGAGGAGGCUUUUUGCCCAUGACUCCCAUGGCUGCUGCCCCUGAAGGCAAUGUGAAGCAGGCAGAGCCUGAGAAGGAGGACAUUAUGGUCAUGGACACCAAGCUGAAGAUCAUUGAGAUCCUCCAGUUUAUUUUGAAUGUGAGGUUGGAUUAUAGGAUCUCCUGCCUCCUGUGUAUAUUUAAACGAGAGUUUGAUGAAAGCAAUUCCCAGACUUCAGAGACAUCCUCCGGAAACAGCAGCCAAGAAGGGCCAAGUAAUGUACCAGGUGCUCUUGACUUUGAACACAUUGAAGAGCAAGCAGAAGGCAUCUUUGGAGGAAGCGAGGAGAACACUCCACUGGACUUGGACGAUCACGGCGGCAGAACCUUUCUCCGUGUCUUGCUCCACCUGACGAUGCAUGACUACCCACCCCUGGUGUCAGGGGCCCUGCAACUCCUCUUUCGGCACUUCAGCCAGAGGCAGGAGGUGCUCCAGGCCUUCAAACAGGUUCAACUGCUGGUUACCAGCCAAGAUGUAGACAACUACAAACAGAUCAAACAAGACUUGGAUCAACUGAGGUCCAUUGUGGAAAAGUCAGAGCUUUGGGUGUACAAAGGGCAGGGCCCUGAUGAGACCAUGGAUGGUGCGUCUGGCGAAAACGAACAUAAGAAAACAGAGGAGGGAAAUAAGCCACAAAAGCAUGAAAGCACCAGCAGCUAUAACUACAGAGUGGUCAAAGAGAUUUUGAUUCGGCUUAGCAAACUCUGUGUUCAAGAGAGUGCCUCGGUGAGAAAGAGCAGGAAGCAGCAACAGCGUCUGCUCCGAAACAUGGGUGCGCACGCCGUGGUGCUGGAGCUGCUGCAGAUUCCCUACGAGAAGGCCGAAGAUACCAAGAUGCAAGAGAUAAUGAGGCUGGCUCAUGAAUUUUUGCAGAAUUUCUGCGCAGGCAACCAGCAGAAUCAAGCUUUGCUACAUAAACACAUAAACCUGUUUCUCAACCCAGGGAUCCUGGAGGCAGUAACCAUGCAGCACAUCUUCAUGAACAAUUUCCAGCUUUGCAGUGAGAUCAACGAGAGAGUCGUUCAGCACUUCGUUCACUGCAUAGAGACUCACGGUCGGAACGUCCAGUAUAUAAAGUUCUUGCAGACAAUUGUCAAGGCAGAAGGGAAAUUUAUUAAAAAAUGCCAAGACAUGGUUAUGGCUGAGCUGGUCAAUUCAGGAGAGGAUGUCCUCGUGUUCUACAACGACAGAGCCUCUUUCCAGACUCUCAUCCAGAUGAUGCGGUCAGAGCGGGAUCGGAUGGAUGAGAACAGCCCUCUCAUGUACCACAUUCACUUGGUCGAGCUCCUGGCUGUGUGCACGGAGGGUAAGAACGUCUACACAGAGAUCAAGUGCAACUCCCUGCUCCCGCUGGAUGACAUUGUUCGUGUGGUGACCCACGAGGACUGUAUACCUGAGGUGAGCUACUCAAGAGCUAACAAGCAGCCACAAAACUCAGGAACUAAAUGCUGGGUUUCCCCGGCCAGUUUCCCAGGCUCCCUUGGCACCUCUCCUCUCUUAGGAAUACAGCUUACUGUAUUCUUUGGGUGGCUGUGGGAAAUAGGAAAGAAAGUACUUCCUGAAGAAGGCAAUGAGAUUCUGGCUCCCAGAUCUGUUUUUCACAUUGCUUCUUUCGGCUUCUUGCAGACUCGCCAGCCUGUCUUUGUGCAACUGCUCCAAGGUGUGUUCAGGGUGUACCACUGCAACUGGUUAAUGCCGAGCCAAAAGGCCUCCGUGGAGAGCUGUAUUCGGGUGCUCUCUGAUGUAGCCAAGAGCCGGGCCAUUGCCAUUCCCGUGGACCUGGACAGUCAAGUCAACAACCUCUUUCUCAAGUCCCACAACAUUGUGCAGAAAACAGCCCUGAACUGGCGGCUGUCAGCCCGCAACGCUGCACGCAGGGACUCUGUUCUGGCAGCUUCCAGAGACUACCGGAAUAUCAUUGAGAGAUUGCAGGACAUCGUCUCCGCGCUGGAGGACCGUCUGAGGCCCCUGGUGCAGGCAGAGUUAUCUGUGCUCGUGGAUGUUCUCCACAGACCCGAGCUGCUUUUCCCAGAGAACACAGAUGCCAGAAGGAAAUGUGAAAGUGGCGGUUUCAUUUGCAAGUUAAUAAAGCAUACAAAACAGCUGCUGGAAGAAAAUGAGGAGAAGCUCUGCAUUAAGGUCCUACAGACCCUGAGGGAAAUGAUGACCAAAGAUAGAGGCUAUGGAGAAAAGCUGAUUUCCAUUGAUGAAUUGGAUAAUGCUGAGCUUCCUCCGGCUCCGGAUUCUGAGAACGCCACUGAGGAGCUUGAACCAAGUCCACCCCUGCGGCAGCUGGAAGACCAUAAAAGGGGUGAGGCACUCAGGCAAAUUUUGGUCAACCGUUACUAUGGAAACAUCAGACCUUCUGGAAGAAGAGAGAGCCUUACCAGUUUUGGCAAUGGCCCGCUGUCACCAGGAGGACCCAGCAAGCCCGGGGGAGGAGGGGGAGGUUCUGGAUCCAGCUCUGUGAGCAGGGGUGAGAUGAGCCUGGCGGAGGUUCAGUGUCACCUUGACAAGGAGGGGGCUUCCAAUCUAGUCAUCGACCUCAUCAUGAAUGCAUCCAGUGACCGAGUGUUCCAUGAAAGCAUUCUCCUAGCCAUCGCCCUUCUGGAAGGAGGCAACACCACCAUCCAGCACUCCUUUUUCUGCCGCUUGACAGAAGAUAAGAAGUCAGAGAGAUUCUUCAAGGUGUUUUAUGACCGGAUGAAGGUGGCCCAGCAAGAAAUCAAAGCAACAGUGACAGUGAACACCAGUGACUUGGGAAAUAAAAAGAAAGACGACGAGGUAGACAGGGAUGCCCCAUCACGGAAAAAAGCUAAAGAGCCCCCGACACAGAUAACAGAAGAGGUCCGGGAUCAGCUGCUGGAGGCCUCUGCUGCCACCAGGAAAGCCUUCGCCACCUUCAGGAGGGAGGCCGACCCCGAUGACCACUACCAGUCUGGGGAGGGCAGCCAGGCCACUGCCGACAAAACCAAGGAUGACCUGGAGAUGAGCGCGGUCAUUACCAUCAUGCAGCCCAUCCUCCGCUUCCUGCAGCUCCUGUGCGAAAACCACAACCGAGACCUGCAGAACUUCCUCCGUUGCCAAAAUAACAAGACCAACUACAAUUUGGUAUGUGAGACCCUGCAGUUUCUGGACUGUAUUUGUGGAAGCACAACUGGAGGCCUUGGUCUUCUGGGCUUGUAUAUAAAUGAAAAGAACGUAGCACUUAUCAACCAAACCCUGGAAAGUCUGACUGAAUACUGUCAAGGACCUUGCCAUGAGAACCAGAACUGCAUAGCCACCCAUGAAUCCAAUGGCAUUGACAUCAUCACAGCCCUGAUCCUCAAUGAUAUCAAUCCUUUGGGAAAGAAGAGGAUGGACCUUGUGUUAGAACUGAAGAACAAUGCCUCGAAGUUGCUUCUGGCCAUCAUGGAAAGCAGGCACGACAGUGAAAAUGCAGAGAGGAUCCUUUAUAACAUGAGGCCCAAGGAACUGGUGGAAGUGAUCAAGAAAGCCUACAUGCAAGGUGAAGUGGAAUUUGAGGAUGGAGAAAAUGGCGAGGAUGGAGCAUCCCCCAGGAAUGUGGGGCACAACAUCUACAUAUUAGCUCACCAGUUGGCCCGGCAUAACAAAGAACUUCAGAGCAUGCUGAAACCUGGUGGCCAAGUGGAUGGAGAUGAAGCUCUGGAGUUUUAUGCCAAGCACACAGCACAGAUAGAGAUUGUCAGAUUAGACCGAACAAUGGAACAGAUCGUCUUUCCCGUGCCCAGCAUUUGUGAAUUCCUAACCAAGGAGUCAAAACUACGAAUUUACUACACUACAGAGAGAGAUGAACAAGGCAGCAAAAUCAACGAUUUCUUCCUGCGGUCCGAAGACCUCUUCAAUGAAAUGAAUUGGCAGAAGAAACUGAGAGCCCAGCCCGUGUUGUACUGGUGUGCCCGCAACAUGUCUUUCUGGAGCAGCAUUUCGUUUAACCUGGCUGUCCUGAUGAACCUGCUUGUGGCAUUUUUCUACCCAUUUAAGGGCAUCCGAGGAGGAACCCUGGAGCCCCACUGGUCGGGACUCCUGUGGACAGCCAUGCUCAUCUCUCUGGCCAUUGUCAUUGCCCUCCCCAAGCCCCAUGGCAUCCGGGCUUUAAUUGCCUCCACAAUUCUACGAUUGAUAUUUUCGGUCGGGUUACAACCCACAUUGUUUCUUCUGGGCGCUUUCAAUGUAUGCAAUAAAAUCAUCUUUCUAAUGAGCUUUGUGGGCAACUGUGGGACAUUCACAAGAGGCUACCGAGCCAUGGUUCUGGAUGUUGAGUUCCUCUAUCAUUUGCUAUAUCUGGUGAUCUGUGCCAUGGGGCUCUUUGUCCAUGAAUUCUUCUACAGUCUGCUGCUUUUUGAUUUAGUGUACAGAGAAGAGACUUUACUUAAUGUCAUUAAAAGUGUCACUCGCAAUGGACGGUCCAUCAUCCUGACAGCGGUUCUGGCUCUGAUCCUCGUUUACCUGUUCUCAAUAGUGGGCUAUCUUUUCUUCAAGGAUGACUUUAUCUUGGAAGUAGACAGGCUGCCCAAUGAAACAACCAUUCCAGAAACUGGCGAGAGUUUGGCAAGUGAGUUCCUGUUCUCCGAUGUGUGCAGGGUGGAGACUGGGGAGAACUGUUCCUCUCCUGCACCCAAAGAAGAGCUGGUCCCUGCAGAAGAAACGGAAGAGGAUAAAGAGCACACAUGUGAGACGCUGCUGAUGUGCAUUGUCACUGUACUGAGUCACGGGCUGCGGAGCGGGGGUGGAGUAGGAGAUGUGCUCAGGAAGCCGUCCAAGGAGGAACCCCUGUUUGCUGCCAGAGUGAUUUAUGACCUCUUGUUCUUCUUCAUGGUUAUCAUCAUUGUUCUUAACCUGAUUUUUGGGGUUAUCAUUGACACUUUUGCUGACCUGAGAAGUGAAAAGCAGAAAAAGGAAGAGAUCUUAAAGACCACGUGCUUUAUCUGUGGCUUGGAAAGAGACAAGUUUGACAACAAGACAGUCACUUUUGAAGAGCACAUCAAGGAAGAACACAACAUGUGGCACUAUCUGUGCUUCAUCGUCCUGGUGAAAGUAAAGGACUCCACCGAAUACACCGGGCCCGAGAGUUACGUGGCAGAAAUGAUCAAGGAAAGAAAUCUUGACUGGUUCCCCAGGAUGAGAGCCAUGUCAUUGGUCAGCAGUGAUUCUGAAGGAGAACAGAAUGAGCUGAGGAACCUACAGGAGAAGCUGGAGUCCACCAUGAAACUUGUCACGAACCUGUCCGGCCAACUGUCAGAAUUAAAGGAUCAGAUGACAGAACAAAGGAAGCAGAAACAAAGAAUUGGUCUUCUAGGACAUCCUCCUCACAUGAAUGUCAACCCACAACAACCAGCAUAAGCAAAUGAAAGAAAGGAAUUGUAUUUACCUUUUAUAAUUAUUAUUAGUGUGGGUAUGGCUAAUGAGUUCUGAUUCACCCAUGAAGGUUACAUUUAUGCUGAAUACAUUUGUAAAUACUCAGUUUUAUACUGUAUGUAUAUGAUUGCUACUCUAAAGGUUUGGAUAUAUGUAUUGUAAUUAGAAUUGUUGGCAUGAUGACAUUUCAUUUGUGCCAAAAAUAUUAAAAAUGCCUUUUGUGGAAGGACUAACAGAAAGCACCUGAUUUGCACUUGAACCAGAUUAUAGAUUUAAAAGUAUGACAUGUAUUUUGUAUUUAAAACUAGAAUAGACAGUAUUUAUGUUUUUUAUAAAACUGUGCAAUACGAAUUAUGCAAUCACAAUAAAUUUGUAACUCCCGAGUGUUCUAAAGGGAGUGCACAACUUUGAAGCUGGUGUGUUAAUACUAUGUAAUAAAUGGUUAAAUAUCAAAUGAUGCUGCUGCCAAAAUUAUAUUAAUAGUGAGUUUGAAGCCCCUGGGCAUUUUGUACCAUGUAAUUAUCCUAUGGUGAUGCUGUUUCUCGUUGUUAGUGGCAGUAGUGCCUCCGUCUCAUAGUGAUAAUGCUCCAAGUCUAUGAACUGUUAAAUCAGCAUUCAUUUUAAGAAAAGCAACUUUAGUUUCAAAGAUACUUUUAAGCUUCUAAAAUGAUCAUUUAAACUAUUUCUUUAAAUAAGAGAGCCAAAUUAGAGGCUCAUACUUUAGCUUGUGAAGAAGAUAAUGAGUUUUUUAAAGGGAACUUUUUAUGCAGUGUUCAGGAUAAAUGCAUACUGCUGGCCAAUCGGUGUCAUCUCUUGGGUAAAUUCUGAUGUCACGUUGUUAAGAGAUGAAUAAUUGAUGGUUUCUAGAUUAUCUAGUCCAAACAAUAGAGGUUUUUUUUUGCUUCAUCUGAACCAACAUGCUACAGUAGCUAAGAAGUAUUAAAACUAUAUACAUCCAUAUAAAGGUGAAAUACGAACUGUCUCAUUAGAAGUCAUAGUUGAACAUGGACAUGGUAUUCUUCUGAAAGAGCCACAUUUUGGUUUUAUUUCUUUGUCACACGAUUUCUUUUCUUGAUGGAUGAAAAGUAUGAAAGGAAACUUUUAUAUCUGUUGCCUAGUUUUGUACAUGGAUCUCAUUUUACAAGAGAAUCUCUCUGCAAAAAAAGUUUAAAAAUGCAUUGAAAGCAGAGUUCUGAACUGAGUAAAGUUUGUAAAUGCAUAUAUAAAAAUAUUUAAUAAACAAUGCAGAAUAAUAUAC